UGGCAAACUGUGCCCAGCCGUCAAGAUAGCCUCGGACUCUAAGGUGUUGUGCGGCUGGGGCGGCUACGCGUUGGAGGGAUGCGUGGACACGCUGCUCCGGCCGCCGCAGCCGCAGGCCAGCCAGCUGGGGACGGUGUAUGCGACGAAGAGGAGGCGGCGGAACGGGAAGAGCAUCAAGCCCCCUUCAAAAGACGGCGUGACGAAGAGUAACCCGUCGAAGCGGCACCGCGAGCGGCUGAACGCGGAGCUGGACACUCUGGCCUCGCUGCUGCCCUUCGAGCAGAACAUCCUCAGCAAGCUGGAUCGCCUCUCCAUCCUGCGGCUGUCUGUCAGCUACCUAAGGACUAAAAGUUAUUUUCAAGUUGUGAUGCACAAAGACAAGGAGGAACUGCACGGGCACCGGCGCGAGCACUCCGCCUACGACCAUGUCAUGCCCGACGGAGAGAUGUUCCUGCAGGCGCUGAACGGUUUCCUGAUGAUCCUCACAUGCGAAGGCGAGGUGUUCUUCGCGACCCACAGCAUAGAGAGCUACCUCGGCUUCCACCAGUCAGACAUAGUACACCAGUCGGUCUACGAGCUAGUCCACUCUGAGGACCGAGAAGAGCUGCAGCGGCAGCUGCUGUGGAACUCUUUCCUACCUCCUGAAGUCAGCAAUCUGACGCUCCAAGAUGUUUUGAGGCCUGAAAGAGCGCAUCUUCUGGAGAGAAGCUUUACUGUACGGUUUAGGUGCCUGCUAGACAAUACUUCGGGGUUCUUGAGGCUAGACAUCCGGGGCCGAGUCAAGAUCCUACACGGGCAGAAUAAAAAGACGGAAGAACCACCGCUAGCGUUGUUUGCAAUUUGUGCCCCCUUUGGACCACCAAGCUUACUGGAAAUUCCUCAGAAGGAGGUCAUGUUCAAGAGCAAGCACAAACUAGAUCUUUCGCUCGUGUCUAUGGAUCAAAGGGGUAAGAUGCUUUUAGGGUACACGGACGCAGAGCUGGGAAACAUGGGGGGUUACGACUUAGUACAUUACGAUGAUCUAGCCUAUGUGGCCAGCGCUCAUCAAGAAUUAUUAAAAACGGGUGCUUCCGGCAUGAUCGCGUACCGCUUCCAGACCAAAGAAGGGCAGUGGCAGUGGCUCCAGACCUCAUCGCGGCUGGUUUAUAAAAACUCCAAGCCCGACUUCGUUAUUAGCACACAUAGGCCCUUGAUGGAGGAAGAAGGCCGCGACCUCCUCGGCAAGCGGACCAUGGACUUCAAAGUCAGCUACUUGGACACGGGACUUACAAGUCUGUACUUUUCGGAAACGGAACAGCUUUCAGGCUGCGAGUCUACCGUGACCACCCCUCCCCGAAACGCGCGACGCUACAAAACACAACUCCGAGACUUCCUUUCCACCUGUCGGAAUAAAAGACGGGUGCCUUCCACCCCUGCUCCGCCUGCUGUAGACUAUCUAGCCGCUGAUGCCGUCGCAGCAGCGUAUACUAACCUAAACGGUGCCUACACCGCACCAUACGGAGAAUACCCUCCAGCUCCCGCCUUACAUUAUGCCCCGCCGCCUUUGGAUGAUAGGUUCCUCACGGCCGACAAUAUCUUCCAUCAAUAUAAACCACUAUCGUACCAUUACACUCCUUACACGCCCAAUGGCUUCCUAGAACCGGCGCCGCCACCCGGAUAUGACGUGGCGCCGACGUACCAUAGGCCCCCUUCUAGAGAAUACACAUACGUGGAUACUAGUGGAAGGUACAUGAGUCCUGUAACGGGGCAAGAAAGGAGAUCACCUAGUAUUGUACCCGGGCCUAGUCCUGGUGGUUCCAGCGGGUCUGCCGAACAUGAACGAAUGCAGCAAACGCAACCAGCGGAGGUGCCCAGACAGACUGUCCUCAUGUGGGGCGCUGGCGGAACGGCUCAAGAAGUACCCGUGGAGUACUCCCCUCCUCAGGUUUGGCGCUACCACCCAUCACAUUAUCACACCGCUGAAGCGACACAAUGAUUUUUAGUAGGCUUUUUUUACGUGCAAUCGUUUUGUUUUAAGUAGAUUAUGGGGUUUGAUGAGACUGU